AUGUACUGCCAAUGCCAGGAAUCCGUAAUACCCUAUUUUGUAACACCAGACUUGCCUCUCCGGGAACCAGAUAUCAGAUUUCUAUGGGCCUUAGAAAGUAUUGGGAUUGUAGACUCUCCUAAGAUAACUAGAGAGGAAGAGGCCAUCAAACACUUUAAUGAAACAGUCAAAUAUGAGGAUAAGAGAUAUCAGGUGAAGUGGCCCUGGAUAACGUACCCCCCUGACUUACCCACUAACUAUGGUCUAGCUUAUGGGAGACUGUCAAGCUUAAUCAAAAGAUUAGAACACGAUGCCAUGGAAGAGUAUGAUAGCAUUCUGAGAGAACAACUAACCGUAGGGGUUAUAGAAGUAAUAGAUCCAUCGGAAAUUGACUCUAAGACACAUCCUGUUCACUAUCUUACCCAUCAUAUUAUUCUUCCGAAGGGGAAGAAGGGGCGUGUGGUGUAUGAUGGUUCGGCUAAACUCAAGAAUAGUAAAAGCCUCAAUGAAUGCAUGUAUAGAGGACCUUCGAUGCUCGAAGACUUGACCGCACUCCUAUUGAGAUUCAGAGUUAACAAGAUUGGAAUUACAGCGGAUGUAGAAAAGGCGUUUCUUCAAGUAGGACUACAACAGGAGGAUAGAGAUGUGACCAGGUUUUUAUGGCUGAAGGACCCCAAACAAGGAGUGACUGAGAAGAUCCUUCUUCAUCUGCGCUUCUGUCGUGUCCCAUUUGGGGUAAUAUCUAGUCCAUUUUUGCUGACGGCUACGAUUCGCCAUCAUUUGUCAAAGGGUGACCAGCACCUUAUGUCAGAAAUAGCAGAAAGAACUUACGUGGACAACUUAGUCACUGGAACAGACACGUUAGAGGAAGCUCGUGAGCUUGUAAACAAGACUCGGGCGACAUUCACAGAAUUGUCUAUGAAUAUAAGAGAAUGGACAUCCAACAACAAACGAUUGCUGAAGACUAUUCCAAAACAGUUUCGAUCAAAAGACACUGAAUCGACAAAGGUAUUAGGACUUACCUGGCACAUAGGAAAGGAUACCCUGAAACUAAGGUUGGGUGAUGUACUUUCCGACACAAAGCAAGACAACACAACUACAACAAAACGAGGGAUAUUGCGAACUCUUGCUUCAUUAUAUGAUCCUUGCGGUUUCGCGGCACCCUUAAUUUUGCCUGCAAAACUCCUUCUUCAAGAACUAUGGAAAAGGAAAGAAAAAUGGGAUUCUCAAUUGCCCGAGGACUUAGAGGAAGAAUGGCAGAAGGCAGUAAGUGCUCUACAGACUGCUGCUGAAAUAGAAAUACCCAGACAUGUUGGCCUGUCGCCAAAUGAAGACACAGAGUGUGAACUUCAUUGCUUCACUGACGCAUCUAAAAGAGCUUACUCAGCUGUAGUAUAUCUGAGGAUAGUGAAUAAGAAAGAAGUGAGCACUAAAGUAAUGCUCAUAAUGGCUAAAUCCCGAGUUACCCCGAUAAACCACACGGAAGACCUCAAAAUACCAAAAUUAGAAUUACUUGGAUUCGUCAUUGGGAAGCGACUCUUAACUUAUGUAAAGAACACCCUUAGAAUAGAAUUGAAAAGACUAUGCCUCUGGUCUGACAGUGAAAUAGUUUUAUACUGGAUGAAAUCAGACAAGUUAUUGCCUCCAUUUGUUUGCAGAAGAAUAAAUGAAAUCAAACAAAACAAAGAUAUAGAACCCAGAUAUGUCAAUACUGAAUUGAACCCUGCCGAUCUAGCAACACGACCGGAACUUUGGCACACUAAGAAGGAAUUGUGGUUCAAUGGACCUCAAUUUCUUUCGCUAAGUGAGGAGGGCUGGCCAAAGUUGCAAGAACAUGGCCAGUCAGCUCUUUUUGCAGGAACUGACUCUAUAAUAGAUACCACGUCAUCUCAAGCAGAAGAGUCAGUCAGAGGAACCAUAGAACAGGAAAUUACAGAAGGAAUGACAAUAGAUAUAGAGAAUAUAGAAGACAAUGGUCAGAUGCAGGUUUCGGCCACUGGAGCUGAUAUUAACUGUGCAGAAAUAAAGAAUUUACAAAAAUUACACUUCCCUCAAGAGGCAGCAGGCAAGAAAACAAGCCUAUUCAGGAAUUUAGGACUAUUUGUGGAUAUGGAUGGAUUAUUAAGAUGUAAAGGUCGGCUUAUGAACACAAUGUGUUCAUAUGACACCAAAUAUCCAAUACUGAUACCUAAGAACUCGGAAUUCACAGACAGACUGAUUCUGGAGACUCAUCAGAGAUACUACCAUGUGGGAGCCCCACAUACACUGAGCAUUAUUCGCCAGAAAUACUGGAUUCCUCAAGGAAGAGCGAAGGUUCAGCGAAUCAUAAGAAAAUGCCAGCAGUGUAUUAAACAUGGAGGUGGUCCCUACAAACUUCCCUCCACACCAGCACUACCAGCAGAACGUGCUAAUUAUAGUGCUCCUUUCACAUAUACUGGAAUGGACUAUUUUGGGCCAAUCCUUGUUAUGGAGAAUGGACAGAUGAUAAAAAGAUGGAUUUGUCUGUAUACUUGCCUGGCUGUACGCGCAAUUCACAUGGAAGUAGUUAAGGAUUUAACUGCGGAAGAAUGUUUACUUGCAAUGAGAAGAUUCAUAUCUACACGAGGAAGACCAGAACUCAUUGUCUCAGACAAUGCAUUACAGUUUAAAUUAACUGCAGAAUUAUUGGCGAACACAUACUUCAUGGACAAUAAAAUAAGGUGGAAGUUUAUCCCUCAGCUCAGUCCAUGGCAUGGAGGAUUUUAUGAAAGGCUGGUCGGCAUUGUAAAGAAUUGUAUGAAGAGAACCUUAGCAAAGAGAGUUCUAAAUGACUCACAGCUAAGUACAGUCAUUAAAGAAAUCGAAGCUGUGACGAAUUCACGUCCACUUACUUGUGUUGGGUCUGACAUAGAAUAUCUUUUGAGGCCGACAGACUUUCUAACCUAUGGGAAAUGUAUAGCGAUUGAGCCUUCUAUACAAAAUUCCUAUCCAGGUGGUUCAGUCACAAAAGAAAAUCUAGUAGAGGGAUGGAAGAAGGGAAGAAUUAUGCUAGAAGAAUUUAAAAGAAUGUUUCUGGGACAAUACCUUUGCAGUCUACGUGAAAGGUACCAACACUCACACAAGGAACCCCGAGUCAAAACUAAUCGCAGCCCUCAUAUUGGUGAUAUAGUCCAAAUUAAGGGAGACUCGAAAAACAGGGAGAACUGGAAGGUAGGAAAAAUCAUCAGUUUGAAACGAGGAGCCGAUGGAGAAUGCAGAGUUGCAAAGGUCAAUGUUGAAGGAAAGGAAUUUAUAAGAUCAAUAGGUCACUUAUAUCCAUUAGAGGUGGAAGAGGCUAGACUAGAAGAUUCAGGAACAGAAGAGAGAAUUCAAGUAAAUCCAGAUGUACUGGAGGCAGAGGAAUCUUCACUACAGGGAAGCACAGAGAUAUCUGAAAUAGAAUCCAGAUAUCCUGAAAGGGAAUCAACAGAACAGAUGCCACUAGAAACUGCAGUGGAGGAUGAUGUUAGAUUGGAGACCAAUGGCUUAGACAAAAUACUCACUCCCGAAGAACUGAUCCAGGAAAAUGGUAUUGGUGAGCAGGGUAAAGUGGUGUCUGAAGGUGAUGAAGACGUAGAGAGAGUAGAAACUGUGUCAAAUGUCAAUGAAGGAAGAAGUAGAAGAGCAGCGGCGGUCCGGGCGAGAGAAAAGAUUGCCCAAUGGACGAGCCAGCUGAUAGCCCUGCUAUAGAAACUCACGGCCGUUGGGGAGUGUCGCGACGAACGCGAGCCUCAACAAAAUAGCAGUAGGAGGUAGAAGAGACUUUUCCCCAAUGGAACAAUGUUCGUAGGGGGAAUCAGUUGGAAAGAAUAAAAGGAAGACCUGCGGGUGUAAAUCGGUGAGUGUUAGAAAUAUAGUUUCAUCAUUAUUAAGAUUAGAGAGAUGAAGGGAUAACUAAGAACGAGAAUUAGAAUAGAAGCAGCCAAGAAUAAGUCAAAUGUUUGUGAGUGGACAGGGUCGGGCUAUAAGGGGAGUUGUGGAGGCCCGCGGCGGAGAAAGAAUCUCCGCCAAACAAUCAGAAUAGAAUAUAGAUGGUAUUAGAAUUUAGAUCAGAAUAUAAAUAUAGAAAUCACUUCAUCUCUUACUCUUUAGUACUAUGUUGUAUAUGUUCAGAUGUAUCUUGUCGUUAUGUCUUGUUUCUACUCAGGCAUGGUUUCAUACUAGAGUAAUAAGGAAUAUUUACUCUGGUUGGCAACGUUACAUAG